AUGGCAGAUACAAAAAGGUCUAAUUUAACGGCAUUGAAUGGUCUGUCAUUAAAUGCAUCAUUAAAAUCCAAUCCUACAAAAAAGCUAGUAGUGAAAAAUCUUAGAAAGAAACCUAUGUUACCUGACAAUUAUCAGGAACAAACAUGGAAGAAGCUACGCGAAGCUGUUAUUGCUAUACAAACUUCAACUGCCAUUCAAUAUACCAUGGAAGAGCUGUAUCAAGCUGUAGAAAAUAUGUGCAACAAUAAUUUGGCUGCAGCAUUGUAUAAUAACCUUAUUGAGCUUAGUGAAACACAUGUUAAAAAACUAUUAUUGAACUUUACUGAAGUAACAAAUGAUAAAAUCAUAUUUUUAAAAAAAGUAAACCAUCAUUGGUCAUCACACUGUGAACAAAUGUUAAUGAUACGCAGUAUAUUUCUAUUUUUAGACCGAACUUAUGUACUUCAAAAUCCUAAUGUUAACUCCAUUUGGGAUAUGGGCUUGAAUUUAUUCCGUCAUCAUAUCAUGUUGAACACUAAUGUUCAAAAUCGAGCAGUUGAUGGUUUGCUUCUACUCAUAGAAAAAGAAAGACAAGGUGAUAUGGUAGAUAAAACUUUGCUCAAAUCAUUGCUUAGAAUGCUCUCUGACUUAAAAAUUUAUCAAGAUGCUUUUGAAGGAAAGUUCUUACAAGCCACUGAACGUCUUUAUGCAACUGAAGGUUUAAGAUUAAUGCUUGAGCUUGAAGUUUCCGAAUAUUUGUAUCAUGUUGAGAAGCGUUUAAAUGAAGAAAAUGAACGUCUCAUUCAUUAUUUAGAUACAUCUACGAAGUGGUCACUAAUACAUACUGUUGAAAAACAAUUGAUAAGCGAACAUGUUAGCUCCAUAUUACAAAAAGGAUUGGAACAAUUGCUCAAUGAGAAUAGACUGGACGAUCUAAAGUUGAUGUACAGCCUAUUGACACGUGUAAAAAAAGGACUGGCAGAGCUCUGUAUAAAUUUUAAUGCUUACAUAAAAAAAUAUGGGCGAACUAUUGUUAUAGACCCAGAAAAAGAUAAAACUAUGGUACAGGAAUUAUUAGAUUUCAAAGACAAAAUGGAUGUUAUUGUUAAAAAAUGUUUCCAAGCAAAUGAGAAAUUUGGUAACAGUUUAAAAGAAGCAUUUGAAAAUUUUGUUAACCAACGGACAAAUAAACCUGCUGAGCUUAUUGCCAAAUUUGUUGACUCUAAACUUAAAGUUGGAAAUAAAGAAUCUACAGAAGAAGAGCUAGAGAAACUUUUAGAUAAAAUUAUGGUUCUGUUUCGGUUCAUUCAUGGCAAAGAUGUUUUUGAAGCUUUUUACAAAAAGGAUUUAGCUAAAAGAUUGUUGCUUGGGAAAUCUGCGAGCGUGGAUGCUGAAAAAAGUAUGCUGUCCAAAUUAAAACAAGAAUGUGGCGGAGGGUUUACAUCCAAACUUGAGGGCAUGUUUAAAGAUAUGGAGAUUAGUAAGGAUAUAAAUGUGGCUUACAAACAGUAUUUGGCACAUGUUAAAGAUAUUCAACUCUCUGUUAUUGACAUGACCGUCAAUAUAUUGACUAUGGGGCACUGGCCAACUUAUGUCGUAACAGAAGUGGCCAUGCCCAACGAAAUUAUUGAAUACCAAGACUGUUUUAAUAAGUUUUACCUAGCCAAACACAAUGGAAGAAAAUUACAGUGGCAGCCAACUCUAGGUCAUUGUGUGUUGCGUUCUCAGUUCAAGCAGGGUAAUAAAGAGUUACAGGUUAGCUUGUUCCAAGCAAUGGUGCUGUUGUUGUUUAACGACUAUAAUAUUCUCCCUUUUAAAGAAAUAAAAACUGCUACCAACAUGGAAGAUACUGAAUUAAGGAGAACACUGCAGUCUUUGGCAUGUGGUAAAGCAAGAGUGUUGAUAAAGGUGCCCAAAGGACGGGAAAUAGGUGAUAAUGAUCAGUUUUCCAUCAACAAUGAUUUUUGUAAUAAGUUAUAUAGAAUUAAAAUCAAUCAAGUGCAGAUGAAAGAAACAAAUGAAGAGCAGAAGGCAACUGAAGAACGAGUCUAUCAGGAUAGACAGUACCAAAUGGAUGCAGCUAUUGUGAGGAUAAUGAAAAUGCGCAAGUCACUCAUGCAUAAUCUUUUGAUCAGUGAACUGUUCAAUCAGCUCAAGUUCCCUGCCAAGCCAGCUGAUUUAAAGAAACGCAUAGAGUCUCUUAUUGACCGAGACUAUAUGGAAAGAGACAAAGAUAAUCCUAAUCAAUAUAAUUAUAUUGCAUAA